AUGUUUUUCAUCGAGGUGGCUGGAAAUGGUACGGAUAGACACGGGGGCUUUUUUCAUGGUAUCGCCACCUGCGUUCGGAUGACAGACAACAAAAGGGUUGGCUUUUGUGUUCCCGCUCGUUACGUAUUGGCAUUCUCUAUAUUUUUGAUAUAUGCAAUAAAGAACGGUCAAAAAUCGGUACUGAAUGUCGCUAUUUUAGCCAUGGUUAAUCGUUCAGCCAUACGCAGCAUGUAUAAUACGACGCUUUCGACUGAAUGUCCACAAAAGUCUCAACAAAAUACUACAGAUAUUUACAAAGAGGGUUCCUAUGUAUGGACACAAAGCGUUCAAGGAAUAAUACUGGGAAGUUAUUUUUACGGUUUCGUAUUAUCCCAACUCCUAGGAGGGACAAUUACGUUUUUACUUGGACCAAAGAGAAUUUUCAUAAUUUCUUCAUUUCUCUCUUCAAUAUUUAUCAUUUUGACACCCUUUUGUGCGGAUGUCGGUGUUUCAAUUAUAUCAUUAUGUCAAGCUAUCUUUGGAUUUGCACAAGGACUUAUAUUUGUCGGAGCUUUCACACUAUUAGGAAGAUGGAGUCCAGAAAACGAAAAGUCCAUAUUUUCAUCAAUUUCUCAUUCCGGUGUACAAGUCGGAACGUUUGUUGGUUUAAUUACGACGGGAUAUAUUUGUGAACAUAAAGAAUGGCCUUUCAGCUUCUACACAUUCGGAAUAUGUGGGAUUGCCCUUUGUGUAUGUGUUACGUUUACAGUUUAUGACAGACCACGAGAACAUCCCAGAAUAUCUGAAAAAGAAUUGACGUUUGUUAACGAAAGCGUAACAAACAUCGCUUCGAGGGAAACGACUGGACUAAUACAUGCAUUAAUCCAUUUCACGGAAUCUGUAACCAUGAUUAUUUCCUGUUUUAUUGCGGAUUUCGUGAGAGCACGUACAGACUUAAGCAUAACUAAUAACAGAAAACUUUUCGAAGCAAUUGGUAAGAACCGCAGCUUGUUAAUGUUUAAAAUUAACGUCUAA